AUGGCACACGAUCAUGGACUAGAUGCUGCUGGUCUAGUAGAUUCGAAAAAACUUUAUGGUGGAAUGGGGCUUGAAGGUAGUGGUGUUGGAAAUGAGGCAGAUUUUGAAGUUGGUUCUGGUGAGCAAGAAGGUAUAGCUAAUGAAGAUUCAGGUGCGGAAGGGUCACAACCUCAAUUAAGUGAGGAUGUUAUUCCUACUGCAAUAGUUAUUAAGAAUAUACCUUUUGCGAUUAAAAAGGAGCAAUUAUUGGACGUAAUUGCUAAGAUGGACUUACCCCUACCAUAUGCCUUUAAUUAUCAUUUUGAUAACGGUGUAUUUCGGGGUUUGGCAUUUGCUAAUUUUACCACCACUGAAGAAACUACUCAAGUUGUUCAGAAUUUGAAUGGUAAGGAGAUUGGUAGCCGGAGGUUGCGGGUGGAGUAUAAGAAGAUGCUACCUCAGGCUGAACGUGAACGUAUUGAAAGGGAGAAAAGAGAGAAACGUGGCCAGUUGGAAGAACAACACCGUUCUGUUUCCAACGUAUCUUUGCAAUCCUUGGGGAAGCUUCCAUCUGAGGGAGUGAUUUCUGGUGCUGGAUCGAACAUUCAGUUGUUCAACAACUUUUCCAGUGGCCAAGCGAAUGGUAACUCCAACCUUCAAUCGGUGCCUGCUCCUGGUCUGCUAUCAGCCCAGAGUACUGCUGCUUCUAUAAACUUACCAAAACAGCAAUCUAUGGCGCCAGUCACUGAAAGAUAUUAUAUUCCUUUGCCUUCUACUUCUAAUCUGCCUUUACCUCCACAACAGUUGGACUUUAACGAUCCUGAUAUCUUGGAAAUGUACUCCCAAUUACUAUUGUUUAAGGAUAAGGAAAAGCAGUAUCACGAACUCGCUUAUCCAACCGGGCUGUCAGCUGCUCAGAAACGUGUCAUCAACGUGUUGUGCUCUUUCUUGGGUUUGGUAGAAGUCUACGAUCCCAGUUUUAUCAUUAUCAGGAGAAAGGUGCUGGAUAAUGCUACUUUGCAGUCCCAUUUGCAGCAACAAGGCCAGAUGACUAUGAUGCAACCUCUUCAGGCCAAUUCUACAGGUGGCUCUUUGCAGAGAUCUCAGUCUUACACUAGUAUACUACAGGCUCAUGCGGCUGCUACAGUUGCUGCUGUCCAGCAGCAACAGCAACAGCAGCAACAGCAGCAACAGCAACAGCAAAGACACCAGAUACCAUCCCAGCAGUCUCAGCAAGCACAAGUGCUGCAUCAACAGCCUCCACCUUCUCCAGGCCAAAUUUUGUCCCAUCCCCUUGCAUCCUACGAUAAUUUGACCUCUGCUCAACAACAAUUGCUGAGGCCCCAGGGUCCUGCUACGUCUUCCUUGUUACAGAACAGGAUUCCAUCCGGUUACACUACCUCCCACACUCCCUCUUCUUCUCUGUUAAGACAACACGGCGUUUCUCCACCGCAGAAUCAUGUCCCAACAAACUCUACUUCUACUCCUGGUAGAAUGAACAAUUUGUUAUACAAUCACCCAAAUUUAUCUCAACCAACUACCCCAAGUUUGAUGAGCGACGGAAGACUCCCCCCAGGACUACAGUCCAUUGACAAUAACGGAUCCGCUAACAGCACUUCUCACAAUGGGUCCACCGCCCCCCUGGUACCUCAAGACACUAACGGCAGCAUCCACUCUAACUAUUCCGUCCAAUCCAUCCACGAUUAUGUCCCAAUCGUCUCUGCUGGCAAUGCUGACAUAAACUCCUUGGAAGACGGCCUAACUAGGAGCUUGAGCGGAUUGGAUUUAGGAAAGAGAAAUGUCUGGGGCUAA